UUGCUUUCCCUUUCUAGCCAUCUCUUUCAUGAUUUGUUUCGUUUUGCUCCUGUUUUAAUUACCCACCCCAACCUUAAUUAUUAUAAACCUCAUUGCACGUAAAAUAUAUAUAAUAGUCAUACAUACAUGCAUUAUUCAAAGAGCUUCCUCCAUAAAGACUCCCUAUCAUGGGCAUACCUCCAAUGCCAUUUGCACAGAAUUGCCUAAUUAUAAGGGUUAAGAUCAAGAAUUUCAAGUCCUCCCUUCUCCUUAGGGGUUUUGCACCUUCUGCUUAUCAUGUACUCCUUACUGUACAUGGGCGCUGGGCCGUGCUUGGACCGGCAGGCGGCAGGGCACGGGCACGCUCCGGGCCCAUUUAUUUCGUGCCCGUCAGUUUUCGUGUCGUGCCGUGAAAGCCCAUUUGUUAACUUUGCUAGGCCCGGCCCAGACCCGAGCACAGUUCGAAUCGUGUCGUGCCUAUUCGUGAUCGUGCUCUACUAAUAUUCGUGUCUAAUAAAAAAGAAAAAAUAAAAUAAAAGAGAGAAUGAAAAGAAGGUGAAAAAUUAGAUGGAGAAAGAUAGUAUUAACCGAGAAUGUUUGAGAAAAGUAACAAAUAAGGGGGAAAAGAAAAUUGGAAGUAUAGCGGGUGUGAUUUGACAUUGUUUAAUUAUUCGUCCAUUUUUACUUAAGGUAGUAAUUACGUAUAUAUCUUUAUGACACUUCUAACAACAACAAAUAAUUAUUUUUUUACUUGUAUUUUAUAACAUUUGAAUCUAUCAUUCUUUUUAUAUUUAUUUUCUAUCAAAUAAAUGUUAUUUUUGUGCCAUGACCGUUCUUAUACUCGAUAAAAUCUCAAAAAUAUUAGGCCCAACACGACACACUUAUAUACCGUGUCGCGCCCAUGCUCGUGCCCAUGAAAUUUAGACUCAAAACGACCCAUAAAUUAUUCGUACUCGUGCUGGAUUGACUCAUUUAUUCCGUACACGUGCUCAUACCAUGCUGUAAUCGUGUCGUGUCGUGCUAGCCCAUAGGCGGCACGACCCUUGUCCACGUACACUCCUUACCAUAUGAAGUCGCAUUGUAUUUUCUCGAUGCAAGCAACAACUGAUCAUUUUGACGCACUGUAGAGGGAGCACAUAUAGGUUGGUUGGCUAGCAAGACAAUAAUUGCUCAAAAUUAUCCUCCCUCUAAAAAACAGAUGCUUACCCUUCCAAACUCUCAAGCUUUCUUUAUAGUUUGUAAUAGCAGGUUUCCAAAUUGCCGUUGGAGAAACGUAGAAAGAUUUGAUCUAGUGGUAAUACCAUUAGUCUUGAACCUGGAGGUCCCAAGUUUGAAUUCUUUAAGUAGCACUUUAACCCAAAAAAAAGUAACGUAUAUCAUCCUUAUCCAACAACAAAAAAUUGCAGUUGAAGAAAGUGGGGGCACCAAGAGGCAGCUCGAAAUACAGCAUAGGUAAAAAAAAAUCACACUCGCAGCCUAAAAUUUCAGUAAGUCUUUUAAUAUUACGAACCUCGCCGACAGAGUGCAUUCGAAUUUCAUCAAGAUUCACUUUCAAUCCCAUAACACUCAGAAAUUUGUAGAUCCAAUAGAUCAUGAUGAACUCGUUCCUUCUGAUCAAACGUUUUCAAAAACGACUUAAAAACGAAGAAGUUACCAUAUGGUAUGUAGUUGGUAACGGGUGGUAUGAAAAAACAUUCUCGAAAUAUAUUGAAAAUUGAUUUCAUUUUGUAGAGCACAAUGAACGCGUUCCAUCUGUGCAAAAAAAAAAAAAUUUAAUCCGAGUUAGAACGAAGAAGAUAAGAGUCAAUUAAAAAAACUAGAUCUAAAAAGAUAAGAGUCAAUUCUUUAAGUAGUCAAUUAAAAAAAUUGAUUUCAUUUUGUAGGGAAAAUAAAAUGUUUUUAAUUGACAACCCUUAGAUCUGGAUUUUUUAGGUCCACUUAGAUCUAAAGGUUCAGAUUUAUUUACUCAUAUAUCAGUAAGCAAUGGUUACUUACCCUAUCCUAAUCUCGUAAAAUAUAUAUAAUAGUGAUGCAUGUGUUAUUAUUGCCCUUGCUUUCCCUUUCUAGCUAUCUUUCACGUGAUUUUAUUGUUUCCUUUCGCUCUUGUUUUAUAAUCAUCCCCACUCUGCCUUAAUUAUCAUAAACUUGAUAGGAAGAUUUUUUUUUUUUUUUAAACUACCUUGCUUUCAUUCACUUAAAAGUAAAAAUAGUCUGGGCAUCAUUACAUAAGGGAUGGGCUAAGAAAAAAGGGGUUGAAAAUGCGUAGUUAUAUGAAGCACAAUACCAUGUCUACAACUCAUGUAUUUAUAACCAAGAGUUCAAAACUGAAGCACAAUACCAUGUCUACAACUCAUGUAUUUAUAAUAAACCUAUCCGUCCUAUUAGCAUAUUUGAAGUAAAUAUAACAAUUUAAU